AUUACAACUUUACACACUUAUGACCAAUUAUGUUGAUAAUAUUCAUUCAUGGAAUAAAAAGAAUGAUAAUAUAAGAACCUCUUCAAUGCAGAUUUAAGACCUCUCUCAUCAGUAGCCAACAUUUCUAUUGCUUGAGGAAGAUGAUUAAAAACUUUUAAUACCUGAUAUAUACGCACCUUUACUGUAUUUUGUUAGGUUAACUGCAGGUAAAUAUAAAUAUAAAUAUUGCUUUUCAGGCUUGUUACAUCAUUGUCAUUACUGCUUUCACGUAUUUACAAUUUCACCCAAUAAAAAUUAUUAGCAUGCUAUGUUACAGAACUCGCAAAGCACAAUACUUCAUCGAAGGUCGCAUUGUUAGGGCCAGUUUUAUGCCCCACCCCUCAUAUUCAUACUCGUCCAGUACUCGAAAAGGUUAUAUAUGUCUUUAUAUUGUAAUACAUUUCAGGUAGUUUUGGGGGAUAUUUCAGAUUCAGUUAUGUUAUAUUCCUAUGUCGCUGCCAGUUCAAGCUAAAAUCACUGCCAUAAUUAUUAUAAGCAAACAAUUGUUUAAAAACAAACACAGCUGCUUCCUAGUUCCCGUAUGAGUAAUCCUUGCUUAUACGAUUACAGUACGUUAUUACAAACCAUGAUUCAAUAUAUUCUGCUAUAGACAUUAUUGGCAGCUGUCUGAGACGUAGCGUUAAUCGUUUUAAUCACUCCAGUUUCCCCGUUUAGGAGAAAAUCGUCGAAAAUCUGGAAUUUUUAAAUUAUAUCUGAUGUCUUAAAUUUUCAAUAUGAAAAUUAUCUCGUAGGUCUGCAUUACUAGCCAUGAAGAAACGUUCCGUACACUAUCACGGAUUACCUAUAAGUCUAUUUUCGGCGUAGUUUAUUCCUCGAUGUUCUCAUUCCUAUUUGCUAUUAAUCAGUUUCGGUCUAAUCCUAAGGUUAUUUUGAUCAUUUUGAUUUUCAUUCUGCAAAGCUGCAAAGGCUCCUCUACCGUCGCGGUCGCAAUCGACCAUAAUGGACGAAUAAUAAGGAAGUCGAAGUAGGCUUUGAAUAAGGGUAUAUAAUAUUACAUGAACAUCGCAGAAUGGUGGCUUCUCCAGUACCAGUUCCCCUUAAAACAAAUUAUGCUGAUACAUUUUGGUGCACUUACUGUGUAUCAGUUAUUGCAGCGAGUAUAGCAGAAGUGGUUACUUAUCCCUUGGAUCUUACAAAAACACGACUUCAGAUUCAGGGAGAACUAGCUGCAACCAAACAUGCCAGUAUGAAUUCUACACCAUAUCGAGGUAUGGUACAAACUGCGUUGGGUAUUGCAAAGGAAGAAGGGUUUCUCAAAUUGUGGCAGGGCAUUACACCUGCCAUUUAUAGGCAUGUGAUAUAUUCUGGUAUUCGCAUUGUCAGUUACGAAACGUUACGAGAUAAAGUUUUGAAGAAGGAACCUGAUGGUUUUUUCCCCUUGUGGAAGUCUGCCAUGAGUGGGGUGACUUCAGGUGCACUGGCCCAGUUUUUCGCAAGCCCCACGGAUCUUAUUAAAGUACAGAUACAAAUGGAAGGAAAGAGGAGGUUACUAGGGAAGCCGCCAAGGGUGCACAGCCCAUGGGAUGCUUUCUCACAGAUUCUAGCCAGAGGUGGGGUGAGAGGACUAUGGAAAGGUUCAAUACCUAACGUACAGAGGGCAGCACUGGUAAACCUCGGAGAUUUAACCACGUAUGACACAGCUAAGAGGUUCAUUCUUACACAUACGUCACUCACUGACAAUCACUUCACACAUAUCUUGUCCAGCAUAUGUGCAGGACUCGUAGCUGCCACAAUGGGCACACCAGCAGAUGUAGUCAAGACGAGAAUUAUGAACCAGCCAACAGAUAGUAAAGGAAAUGGCCUGGUCUACAAAUCUUCUGUUGACUGCCUCAUGAAGACUGUUCAGAACGAAGGAUUAUUUGCGCUGUACAAGGGGUUCCUACCUGUGUGGAUUCGAAUGGCUCCAUGGUCUCUCACAUUCUGGUUAUCCUUCGAACAAAUUCGAUUUAUGCUUGGCGCAACUGGAUUCUAAAGUGACCAAGAGGAACAAUAAUGAGAUCUGUAUUGUCUGCCUUCUAUCAUUGUUGGGCUCUGGUUUGAAACAAUGCAGGAUUUGAAACAAAUAGCAUAAAUUAAUUUGUUUACGUGAAGACAAUGAUUUUUCUCAAUGUAAGUUACGGAUAUUAGUGCUGUUGGUUUCUUGUAGGAUGUCUUUGCAAUGUUGACUGAAGAAACAAAAGGGAAAAUGUUUAAAACUUUGUAUAUGUAUGCAGUCACAAAGUGCUUCAUUGGUUUUCAUUAAUGUUACCACGAAUGGCACAUUGAAGUUGCUGUUAGUAACCAUAGUCGCAAACGUAAUUAUGACUGCAAUAUGUACGAGGUGCAUCUGAAAGUUCCCGGACUAGGUCAAAAAAGAAAUGCUGGCAUAACUUACUCAAUUUUGGCUGCCAUCUCCUUCAAAACAGUCUCCUUGGGAACGUAUACAGCGGUCCCAUCGUUUUUUCCAUGCUACAAAAGCACCAUGGAAGUUAUUUUCCUUAUUGCUGUUGAGUGCUGCUUGCGAUUCCCUUUGGAUACUGUUUCAAAAUGUCAUUCCUUUAGUUUCAGUUUCAAUUUUGAAAACAAAGCAAAAUCAUAGGGGGCUAAGUCCGGUUAGUGGGGAGGAUGGGGAACAAUAAUCAUAUUGUUUUUAGUCACAAACUCUGUGGUUUUCAGGGAUGUGUGGGUGGGUGCAUUGUCAUGAUAAAGGAGCAGUGCAGUGCAUGUUCAGAUUUCCUGUCAAACUCCAUAACUGAUCCCAACGGUGUGUGAUCUCAUGGAUUGUUCCAUAACAAUCAUUGUGGAUGAGUUCUCAGAUUUUUUCAACAUUUUCUUUUGUUCUGCCGGUGCUUGGUGUCCUUUAAUGUUCAUCUUCAGCUGACACUUGACCAGCCUUGAAACGUGAAUGUCAUUCAGAAACAUCUCUCCUGUUUAAAGAAUGUUCUCCAAAAGCCUCACGAAGCAUUUCAGGGGUUUUGGUAGUGGAUUUACUGAACUUGACGCAAA